CUUUCUGAACAGACAUAAAAGGAACGGAAACAUUGUGAUUUCAUUCUGUUUCUGACACAAGAUGGAUCUGCGAGUCUCUGUGGUUCUUCUUUUCAUUUUUCUCACUGGAGGAUAUUCUCUCAAGUGUUACACGUGUGUGCCUGAUUCAUGGGGUUACUGUGAAACAACAGUGGAGACAUGUCCAUAUGGACAUACCACAUGUGCAACAGUGAAACAAUCAGUUGGUUUCACCAUCACAAAAAUGUGUACCUUUGUUUGUUUACCUGGGUCCCAACAUCAACCUAAUAAAGGGACAGUGUCUAUCCAGUGCUGUGACACUGACCUUUGCAAUGCAGCAGAUGGAGUGUUUAAGGGAAGCUUCCUCCUGCUCUUCUCUCCUCUGCUCUUCUACUUCCUGUUUCAGUGAGUCCAGAUUCAAGACUUCAGAUUCUACAGCGAAGAUCAGCACAAAAACUGAAUGAGAGACAUAUUCUUAUGCCUUGCUCCUUAUAGAUUGUUUAUUGCUCUGCUGUUCUAUUGUAUCAUGAUUACCAAUUGAAUCGGAAAAACUUGAAAUAACAGUCUGAGUGUGAACCAGGUUUUAGUGACCCCUCAGCUCAGUAAAAUUAAAGAUGAUGAGUAAUGAUCCAAUAUUAUUAAAAUAGAUGAAAUGGCAAUACUUUACAUUAAGGUCCCAUUAAGCAAUACAUUUGUUACAGUUUUUUUUUAAAUCUUUGUAAAUUUUAGUUAAUAAAAAUAUAACUGUUUAUUGUUGACAAAUAAUGUUCAUCAAAUGCAAUUGUAUUUCUUAUUGAGACAAUGUAAAAAACAAACAAACAUCUAAACUUGAUGAAACUUUGAUGCUUCUUGGUUUUAAUAAAAAAAUAUGUUCAUAUAAAAAUAUACAUAAAAAAGUAUUUCUGCUUGCUUGUUGUAUGUUCCAUAUUUAACCCAGAAAUUGCAAAUGGAAAUGAAACAUAAAU